GUGGUGGACCAAAGUACAGUCUCUGUCUGCAGCACAUCCAGUCUAGUCUUCAACUUUCCCCAACACAUCCUCAACAUGUUCGCCAAAGUGAUCUUUGUUGCCCUGCUGGCUAUUGCCGCUACCUCCGCCAAGCCCUUGGUGCCGCUGGCUUACACGGCUGCAGCUGCCCCGCUCGUAGCUGCACCUGCUGUGGCCACGGUAGCGUCGCCCUAUCUUGCUCCCUAUGCGGCCGCCCCUGCUGCCCUGGCUGCCUACACCACUCCCUACGCAGCGGCAUACACGGCCGGCUUCCCGUACGCGGCUACCCUUCCCUAUGCUGCCGCCGCCCCGUACACCUCGCUAGUGCUGUAAGCGCAUGGAACCGAUAUGGACGACAUUCGACCGUAUGCAAAGUAUACAAAAAACACACACACAGCUAAAACCUUUCGUUUGAAAAAGCAAUAAAACGCCAAUGGACACACAUACCCAGUGAA